GCGGCGCAGUGACGCCAGCGGAAGCGGCGGUGGCGGGUGGUGCGGAGCGGAGCGGCGCGGCGGGGCCGGGGCGAUGGACGAGACGAGCCCGCUGGUGUCGCCGGAGCGGGCCCAGGCUCCCGACUAUGGGCUGCCGGGGGGAGCCGUCCGCGCCCCCCCACCCGCCGCCCUCCCGCCGCCCCCUCCAUCCCCUCCCGCCUCCCCCGGCGGCCGCGACCGCGAACGGCAACCGCUGCUGGAGCGCGGGGCGCGGGGCCCGGCGGCGGCGGCGCAGGCCCAGGUGCAGGCCCAGGCCCAGGCGCAGGCCCAAGCCCAAGCCCAGGCCCAGGCUCAACGGGAGCGUAACGACUUCCCCGAGGACCCCGAGUUCGCUGAGGUGGUGCGGCGGGCCGAGCUGGCCAGCGAGCGCGGCAUCUUCCCCGAGCGCAUCUCGCAGGGCUCCAGCGGCAGCUACUUCGUCAAGGACCCGCAGGGGAAAAUCAUUGGUGUCUUCAAGCCCAAGAAUGAGGAGCCGUACGGACAGCUGAACCCCAAGUGGACCAAGUGGCUGCAGAAGUUGUGCUGCCCAUGCUGCUUUGGGAGAGACUGCCUUGUCCUCAACCAGGGCUAUCUGUCGGAGGCGGGCGCCAGCCUGGUGGACCAGAAGCUGGAACUCAACAUUGUUCCCCGCACAAAGGUGGUGUAUCUGGCAAGUGAGACCUUUAACUACAGUGCCAUCGACAGGGUGAAGUCCCGAGGAAAGAGGCUGGCCCUGGAGAAGGUGCCGAAAGUUGGCCAGCGCUUCAACCGCAUUGGUCUGCCGCCCAAGGUGGGCUCUUUCCAGCUCUUUGUGGAAGGCUACAAGGAUGCUGACUACUGGCUGCGGCGGUUUGAAGCUGAGCCACUCCCAGAGAACACCAACCGGCAGCUGCUGCUGCAGUUUGAGCGGCUGGUGGUGCUGGACUACAUCAUCAGGAACACAGAUCGGGGCAACGACAACUGGCUCAUCAAGUAUGACUGUCCCCUGGACAGCGCAGGCGUGCGGGACAGUGACUGGGUGGUAGUGAAGGAGCCCAUCAUCAAGCUGGCUGCUAUAGACAAUGGUUUGGCCUUUCCCUUGAAACAUCCGGACUCCUGGAGAGCCUAUCCAUUCUACUGGGCAUGGCUGCCUCAGGCCAAAAUCCCAUUUUCACAGGAGAUCAAGGACCUGAUUCUUCCCAAGAUCUCGGACCCCAACUUUGUCAAGGACCUGGAGGAAGAUCUAUAUGAACUCUUCAAGAAAGACCCUGGCUUUGACCGGGGACAGUUUCACAAGCAGAUUGCUGUCAUGAGAGGCCAGAUCCUGAACCUGACUCAGGCACUGAAAGAUGGGAAGAGCCCCCUGCACCUGGUUCAGAUGCCGCCUGUGAUUGUGGAAAUGGCGCGCUCCCACCAGCGCACUGCCAGCGAGUCCUACACGCAAAGCUUCCAGAGCCGGAAGCCUUUCUUCUCAUGGUGGUAGCUGUUGGAGCCACAGGCAGGGCUUGGCUGCCUCGGACUAGCACUGCGAGAGGAGCCGGGCCACCGCCGGCUCCUGUGGCUGGGACUCGACCCUCUGGGUGGAGCGAGCAGGUGUGGCUAGAGGAACCUGCAGCUGAACUGGAGGAGCCAGGCAGGUUGGGCACAGUCCCUCCCCAGCUCCGUUGGAGCUCAGUGCCCUGCCUGGGGCAGAGCCCAGGGGGAGGUGUGGGAAUCUGCUGGGAGCUGUGGCAUGGCGGGGACCCUGACCCUGCUGCCUUUCCUUGGCCUGCAUGCGGUUCUGAGCACCCGUGCUUGGGGUUGGGAUGAGCAGCCUGCAUGGGCCAGGAUCUGUCCACCCCUUUACACCAGCCACCGGCCCUUUUCUUCCCUGCUGUGCCAGCUGUCAAGCUGGGAAGGCCUGUAGUGGGUUACACCCCCUCCCUUUCCCCAAGGGUGUGCUGUACUCCAGUGUCCCUCCUCUGCCCCAACCCCGUGCACGCUGCUUUCCUCAGGGGGAGUUCCCGCUGGUGCAGCGGGGACCGCAAUGAACGGCUGUUCUCUGGCUGGAGGCUCGAGGAGGGGACGUAUGAGGGACAACUCAUGGAGCUGGCAUUGGGUGCAGUUCAGACACUGAGGGGAAAGAGGUUUUGCCUUGUUCUUGUGAAAUGCAGGUGGCUCUGAGAGGGGCUGUAGCUUAGUACCCCUGCGGGGGAGCCCCCCUCUCAGCUGGAGAGGGCUGAGGGUGGGUGUGAGUGCCCUCUCCCUCUCUCCUGCCCCAGUCCAUCCCUCCUGCCAGGUCUCCAUGGCUGCUCUUGCUUGGCUUUUGCCCCUGCUCCCAGCAAGCUCCCUGGCUGCUGUGCAGCCAGUGUGGUGCCAGCCUUGUCUGUGCCUAGGGACCCCCGAGGGGCAGGGGGCUGCCGGGGAAGGGCCAGGGGGGCUCUUCUACUGCAUGGGUGGGAGGUGUGAUGGGGGAGCACAGCGGGGGGCCAGCAUGGGCUCCUGGUUGCCCUGGUGCUGACAAUCUCACUGGCCUGCUGGGGGUGGGUGAGGCAGUGAGCCCCCCUCUCCCCAGAAGCUGCUGAGCUUGUGUUGUAUAAAACAGUACCAGGGCUGCCACCUGCAUCCGCUUGCCUUGAGCUGCAGCUUCUCCUGCUGCUGGGGGAAGCCGGUGUUGGGUCUCACUGUCCUGUUACCCCAUCUUUGGGGGAGGGGUGGGGGGAAAUGAAUAGGGGUUGGGGCUCUACUGCUUGGGCCUAGGAGUGGAGAGCGGCUCCCUUAUCUCCCAUGCAGGGAGGGGGCUCAGCGCUGGCUGUGCAAGUACAGGGUGGGCAGCGGUGAGACCCCAGCUCCUUGGCCAGGCCCAGCUGCAUCUCCAACUGCCCCAAAAUAUAUUGUUAUAACGCACUGUAGAAAUGUAUGUAAUGUAUUUAAACCAUGCAACUGUCUGAAUAACAGAGCUGCCCUUCA